AUGAUCAGGAGAACCGUACCGGCGGCUACUACAGCUUUCUGGUUUCUCGUCGCCGUCGCCGCCGCGAGGCUCUCCUACACGUCUGACAGUGGCGACGAUCAUCUGCUCUGCGCCCCCAACGAUCUGCCAGAUCCGCAGACUCUCCGGUCCGACCAGCUCACCGUCCUCAUCAAUGGCUACUCCGAGGCGCGCCUCCCCCUCCUCCGAUCGAUCGUCGAAACCUACUCCUCUCUCCCCUUCGUCGCCGCCGUACUGGUUCUCUGGGGCAAUCCAUCCGUUCCUUCCCGCUCCCUGGAGGUGCUUCACUCCGCCGGUGCCGGCGGCGCCCCGAUCUCCGUCCUCCGCCAGCCGACGUCCUCGCUGAACGCCCGAUUUCUCCCCCGGCCUGAGAUCCGAACUCGGGCGGUCGCGGUCUGCGAUGACGACGUGGAGAUCGACCAGGCGUCUCUGCGGCUUGCCUUCCACGUCUGGGGCACCCACCAUGACCGGAUUGUCGGUUUCUUCGCCAGAUCUCACGACCUGGAUCUGUCCCAGCGGAGCUGGAUGUACACUGUCCACCCAGACAGGUACUCCAUCAUGCUCACCAAAUUUAUGAUCCUCGGCACCGAGUACCUCUAUCGCUACAGCUGCGGCGGGGGGAAGAGGAUGAGGGCGGCAAGGGCUGUGGUGGAUUCGGAGAGGAACUGCGAGGACAUUCUGAUGAACUUCGUGGUGGCGAUGGAGACUGGAUCUGGCCCACUUCUCGUCGGAGGGCGGCGUGUGAGAGACCUGGGGGACGUGCGGAACGAGGAAGGCAGUGGAAAACGCAAAAAGGGGAGAAGAGGCGGCGGCGGCGCAGCGGGGGUGAAGAACAAGCCCUUGACGGGGAUUGGGGCGGUAGGGCUGAGCGCCAAAGGGGAUCACCGGAAGCGGAGGGGCGAUUGCAUCCGGGAGUUUCACCGGACGCUCGGAGUAAUGCCUCUACGUUACAGCUAUGGCAAAGUGGUUAAAGGGGUUGGCGAGCAAGCGCUGUGUAAGAAGGCCGGGAAACUGGUUCUAUGCGAUGCGCAGUAG